AUGUAAAAUGAUAAUUCUAUAAAAAGUAAAAAAAGCGAAAAUCCAGAAUAAAACAAAUUCUCUUUGGAAAGGGAUUUUCCUUACGUUGUUAAAUAAUAUUAAAAUAAUUACACUUAAUAUCAAGCUCAAAAGGUUAAGAACUACUAUGAAAACAUAAAAAAUAAAAAUAUUUUCAUAAAGCAUGAUUUUUAUAUAAACAAACCAAAUGAUUUAAAAGAUGAUGAGAACAAUGCCACUUAUUAAUAUUACCUAUUUAAUCAUCUUCAUAUACUACCACUUAGAAUAUUUAUUUAAAAGCUGAAUAAAAAUAAAAUAGAUGAGAUAUAAAAGAAGAUAGUUGAAAUAUUAAUUUCAAGUAUUAUUUUCGAAUAUAGAUUAAUUUGGACUGACCAUUAAUUACAUCACAACAAUAUAAGUGCUGAAAAUAUUUUAAUAACAUCAAAUAAAAGUUUUUAUUUUGCAAAUACAUUUUCAUUAAUAGAUGUGAGAUUUAUAAAUUUCGGUAUAUCAAUGGAAUCUUAAUAAGUUUAGUAAUAAAAAGAUUAUUAAGAUCUUAACAAAUUAAUAUAAGAGUUAUAUCAGCUUAUUAAUAGUAAAAAAGCAUUCACUUAACUAUAUUUUGAUGAUAAAACUAAUUAGAGUGUCCAACUCACUCGUUUAAAUAAGAAGGAUAAAAAUACAAAUAUUUUUGAUAUAUCUUGGAAUUAAGACAAGAUUACAGCUUUGAAUAAGCUAUUUUAGGAAAAUAAUAAUGGUGUUCAAUUAACUCAUUCAGUUUUAAAAUCAAUUUUUUAAUAAUAUUUUUAUCUAUAUCCUGCUUAGAACGAUGAAGCAUUUGAUAAAUUAACUAAACAGUUCACCAAUUUAUAUUAAAAAAUUGGCUCCCUUUAAAAUACUUAUAAGAAUGAAAUAUUAAAUGUUCAGAAUACAUUAAAUUUAUACAUCAAACAGAAUUAUUGCUUAGAGAUUUCAAUAGAUAGUGAAUUGCUUUAAAAUUUUGAUAAAAAUGUUUUUGAUAAAAUAGUUUAUUUAGCGAAUUUUAAAUAAGGUGCAAUCUAAGAAAUUGAAAAAAUCUUAGAUAAUGAGUAUGAAAGAACCUUGUCAGAUGCUAAAAAAUAAAUAUAAAAUCAUUUUUAAUCCGAAUUGGAAAUUUUCAUUUACAAUCUUUAUUGCGAUUUAAUUUGA